ACCGCAGCGGUGCGGGUGCGCCCAAAGGUCACCCACGUGCGUCGGGAAUCUGGGUGCAUCAUGUUGUAGGGAGUAUGGGAGCUCGGGUGAGUCGGGCGGUGAGGAAUUUCAACUUAGAGAACCGAGCGGAGCGGGAAAUCAGCAAGGUGAAGCCGUCCAUGGCCCCGAGGCACCCGUCCACCCAGAGCGUCCUGCGGGAGCAAAAGAGCGACCAUGCAGAAAUUGAGAGAGAAAUUGCGAGGAAAAAUGAAAAGCUGCUGUCUUUACUAAAAGAUGUAUAUGUUGAUUCCAAAGAUCCUGUAUCAUCCCAGGUAAAAGAUGCUGCAACACAGCAAGAGCCAAAGGAAUUCAGACUACCAAAAGGCCAUCACUUCGGCAUGGACAUUAAGAACAUUCCCAUGGGCAAAAUUUCCAUUGUAGAGGCUGUGACACUUCUCAAUAAUCAUAAACUUUAUCCAGAAACGUGGACUGCUGAGAAAAUAGCACAAGAAUACCAUUUAAAACUGGAAGAUGUAAAUUCCCUUCUCAAGUAUUUUGUUACUUUUGAAGUCAAGAACUUUUCUCCUGAAAACAAGAACAUAAUAGAGUCAAAAUGAAGCAAAUCAUGAAAUUAUUUUGCUUAUGUGAACAUCUCAUUCCCUUGUCCAUUUCCUCAUUUUUAACAUAUUAUGGAAAUCACUGAGUAUAUAAUGUUGAGAGCAUACUGUUUGAGAAUGUACUAUUUAUUGAGCUCUGUUGCCUUUUCAGAUUGUUUAUAGAAAGUAUUUUUUAAAUCUUUUAGUUUUGUUUAGGCAUCGUUCCUGUGUCAGUAUGACUAAUCAUAUGUACAAAUUUGUUAUAAAGAGAAGUAAUGUAUUAUUUUGGGAAUAUGGUAACAGUUUAAAUGUUAAAUGAAGAGUCACAUGAUUUUUAGUUCAAUAGCAUAGUUCUUUUAUAACAACAAGAGAACUUUAAUUAGUGUAAAUUUAUAUUUUAAAACUGCAAGUCACUUCAAACCAUUUUGCUUUAUGUAAAGAUUAGUAGUUGAAUCACUAGUACUGCUGUUUCUGAGCCAUCUACAUUGUGUGAUUAGGUACCUGUAAAUACAGCUUCUAUUACUUGGUAUCACACAAAGUACUUCCCAUGUCACUCUUUAGCUUGCUGCACUGCUGUUUAGUUUUAUUUAUGAUUGUAUAUUACGAACAGGACAGUAAUUGGGUAGUGAUGUGGAGUUUCCAUUUAGGAAACCUGGGGAACCUUGGUCUUAGCACCACUACUAUGUGAUCAUAGAAUUGUCCUUACCUGCAAAAUAAGUAAUAAUAAAUGAAAGCAUUUUAGGAGUAACUACUAGGCAUUAAGGUGCUUUACACAUGCAUUUGAUUAAUAUUUGCCACUGUUAUGAGGAAAAUACAUUUUACAGUGAGAAUUGGAACAAGGAGCUUCAGUAACUUCAAAGAUUAUGUAGUGUUACACCCUGGAUUUAAACUCUGGUAGAUUGCUGUCAGAGCCUUGUGCUGCUGGGUGCUACACUGCAUUGCCUUUGUAGGUUCAUAAGAGCAAGAUACAGAUUUCCUGAAAGAGGACUACUUUUCAGUGCUUGCUGAUUAAAGCUUGGUGACUGGGUGGGUGAGACUGUUCUAGGAAUGCCUUAAAAAUAUAACCAGCGACUUUUGGAGUGUGAGCUAGCUAAUCAUAUGUGCAAGUGGACUUCCACCAAAUUUUAUUGUGAAGCAGGGUGAGCAGGGGACAGAUGGAAUAGUAAUCUUGAAGAAAUUUGAAAGAAGGAAAUUUUCUGAGUGGUGAGGAAGGGAAGAAGAAAAAAUUAUUUGAGGUAAUAUUUGGGUUAGCAAAGAUCAGGAGAAGAUGAAAGAAGGCUGCCAGAACUAGGAUCCAGGUGGCUGAUAAAGAAAAAAGUUACCGCAGAAGAAAGGGAUCACUGCAGCACAGCGGUGGAGUUGGCAGCCUCCCCAUAGAAGGUACGUGCAUCCCAGUCAGAAGGCUCUGUUAGCAGUCCUGAAGGCCAUUUGGGGACCUGGAUAUAACUAUCUUGCCUCAGCUGCGUCACCAUCUGGCAUGUCACCAUCACUUAGAUACCCUUUGUUUAAAGGAAUACACUAUACAGUAGAGGAUAUUUUUCGGCCUACAAACAUUUGAGCACAGACAUCCUUUUCCCAUAUGUAUUCAAUGCCCUUAGACAUUUAAAUAGGAAAGGAGUUCGGGGGAGCUUCUGUAUAUUUGGAAGGACAGAACUAAGGUGGGUCAAAGUUUGGGGUUUGGGGGUGUGCAUAAAGAUGGCUUAUGGCUAACAGUUGAAAAUGUAAGGAAAUGAGCAAAUCUAAAGCACUUACACGGUUCCACGCAUCUCAACUAGGCAUCACUCAUUGCUUGGGAGUUACUGUCUUUGUCCUGGUAAAGACCAUUGUCCAUGAAACAAUUCAAGACAAAGAUCUGUCCAUUGUAAAUUGCAUGUCCUCUGCUUUAGGAAUAAGUGGAUUGUUUACUAGGCGGAAUAAAAUAUCAGAAACAUGUA